UAUAUGGUAACUUUAAAAUAAUAACUUGAAACAAAAGUAAUUUGAGAUUAAAGUUUGUGUUCACUAGACAAGUUGAAAAUGAUAAAAACAGUGUUGUUAGUAAUUGUAUUGAUUGGAUUUUGUUACUGUCUUCAAAGCAGUGAUUUGCUGGUAGAAGAAACAAGAGCUAAGAAGAAAAAAAGCUCCGCUAAAAUCUUGGGUAUGAUACUCCUGUUCAUCUUCUCAAAGGUGGCGAUAUUCAAAGCCGCGUCUGUCUUCUUCAUGAUGGCGUUCUUCCAGAAGCUAUUUUAUCUGUUCGGUCUCUUCGUCAACUACUUUCUAAAGAACAAGUCGAAUAAGCCAUCUCCAGCCCCCGUGUAUGGUGCACCUACAGACUACAAUACUGUUGGAUACAGCUACGGCCCCCCGGAACAUGAGGCAAAUCACCAGGAAUCUGGUUAUCCAGGACUAUCGGAAAUUGGUGGAGCGUUUGACUGGCUGGUGCAUAAGAACGUUAAGUGAUGAUAAAAUGUGACUUUUUACGUUCUGUAUUUUCAUUUCAAGCCAUGACAAGCU